AUGAGCAGUGUUUCGCAGCAGAAUUAUUGGACUAACAAUCCGAACCAAUUCUACAAUCCCCAGCAACAACAUCAACAACAACAACAGCAACAGCAGCAUCAACAACAAGCGGAUUACUAUGGUUACAACGGGAUGUACGAUCCGCAUAGUUACUACGCGAAUUAUUCGGCGGAAUAUCAGGCUGCGUUUUAUCAACAACAACAACAAGAACAACAACAACAGCAGCACCCUUACAACAACAGCCCAGAACCCAUCACCUCACCCAACAGCGAUUCCUCCGAUUCCCCAGCCCUCCGCGCCCUCCUCACCAAACCCAUCGGUAAGAAACUGGUAUACCCAUACUACAACCCUCCCGAAACCAAAGACUCCAAGGAAGAAGCCCCGAAUUACUAUCCAUGGAUGAAAGCCACAGCCGAUGUUACCACCCAAGGAAACAAACGCACCAGACAGACGUACACGCGUUUCCAAACCCUCGAAUUGGAGAAGGAGUUUCAUUUCAACAAAUACCUCACGCGACGUCGUCGCAUCGAAAUAUCACACGCUCUUUGCUUGACGGAGCGACAGAUCAAGAUUUGGUUCCAGAAUAGAAGGAUGAAGGCCAAAAAGGAUAACAAAUUCGUUGGAUUACCCGAAUUCAGCGCUGAAGAUAUGAACAUGAAUCAGAAUCAUAUGAUUCCAUCGCAGGAUUACCUGCGUCUCUCCGAGGAGACUUCGAUUCCGGGUCAAAGCGCGAACCUCUACAAACAAUUCGCUGGAAUGCCUUGCAACUAA